AUGGCUGAGGUUUCGCUAUUUCAAUAUCAUUUAGUAAACAAGCAUUGGAACAGAGCAGCAAGGACUGACGAAAUAUCCAAAAAGAUAGAUGCGUUUUUUGCACCUUCACAUUUCUUCAAUAAAUAUACAACGCUCGAAUUUUUUCUUGGUACUAGCAAUGAAGACGAGCGUCGUCACUUGUUGCUUUCUGAAGACUCU